AUGACAAAUAUCGACAUCCAGCCAUAUCCGCCCCUUCGCUCACAUGCUAGCGAGCAGCAAUCCAAUGCUAACCAGCAGCAGCAAGGCGAACAACAGCAAGGACAUGGACAACAGCAGCAUUCUCCAAAUAUCCCGCAUCAUCCCGGAUCCUGGCACGCGUACGGUAACUCCCCGACUGCAUCCAACCCAAGCUAUCAUUUUACGACACCCUCUUCUCCUUCUGCUCCUUCUCCCACCACCGCCAAUCGCAACGGCAGCGGCACACCAUCACAAUCGCACGGACAAGCUCAGGCGGACGGUUCCGGAUCCCAGAACGGCAGCAGCUCCAGUCCAGGCAAUAAUAACGACUCGGCGCCACAGUCGCACUCAAAUUACGGCCCCGAUCCCAAUGUACCUAAACCGAAACCGUUGGCCUGCUUCAGAUGUAAAAACAAAAAGGGCAAGUGCGACGACAGGAUGCCCAUCUGCGGCCCCUGUGUGAAGGCAAACGCGGAGUGUGUGCGGCCAAGCGAGAGGAAGAGGAAGCGAACGAGGAAGGAGAUGACAGAGGCUGAGCUUGCGGAGAAGGAGAGGAAGGCGCGAGAUUCAGAAAAGAAAGCAAGGCUGGCGCAGGCGAGUACCGAUGGCGGACAGUCGAGAGCCGAUCUGGAUCCUCGUUCGCAGUCUCAUGUCCCGUUCAUGCUCCCAACACCCGCAAAUUCCGUCCCGGGAUCCUCACCCAAUUAUCCUACGACGGCGCCCGCGUCCUUGUUUCAGGCCGGAACAUCUACGCUUUUCAAUAUGGGUUCCAUGCGGCAUCCGUCUCAACCGUCCUCGGACUUGCUCAACGGUCUCGCUAACGUCGCUUCUCUCUCCUCUCCGAUAUAUACUACACAUCCAGGCGUGCCCGACGGUGGUGGGAUUGGGUCUUCAGCCUCUUUCCAUGUCAAUAAUUUGCCCCCACCCCCGUUUCAAUCGAACUCGUCUCCGAGAAGCGUGGACACGAACGAAGUAGUAGAGGCUUUGAGCAAGCAGAUCGCGUUCCUAGAAGGCGAUCCAGGAGAGUCUUCGGUCCUGAAAGUGCACUAUUAUCGCUUCUCGGGAUCAACCGCAAUCCACCCAGGCUUCAACAGAAUCGUCAUCAAACUCCGAUCAUCAGCCAUCCCACCGUUGCCCGUCUCAGGUUCUCUACCCUCUCCGCACUCUCCGUCGUCCUCCAAUUUUAACGACAUCAAUGGCCAUGCCCGUAUACUGAAUAACAAUGAUCCAUCAGCACCAUCUGGACCGGUAUUGGCGUCCGAACCGCUCGAUCAUAGUCUCGUGGACGUGUUCUUUGAGAAUUUUGCUCAGCAUUUUCCGUUUGUCAAAAGAGAGAGGGUCAACGAGCGAUUGGCGGAUGGGAGUAUGUCUGCCUUUUUGCUAAACGCGAUGAACGCUGUCGCCGCAAGAUUUGCAACCGCUCCUGCACGUAAACCGCAAGAGUACAUCGACGCUGCCUGGACGUUGGCAAUGCCACUUAUGAGGCUGCCUUCGAGAGAUAUCGCCGCUGGGUUGCUCCUGCUUUCGUGGGCUGAAUUUGGCGAGAAUUCGGAGAGUGGGCUUUGGAACUUCGCUGGUCUUGGGAUGCGAAUGGCGAUUGACCUCGGUCUGCACAAGACGACUGAAGAUGUCGACGGAGACGUAUGCGACGGAAACCUCCUCUUUUGGUCGUUAUACAUCAUGGAUCGAUUGCUCUCGUUGGGCACGGGUCGCACCGUGACCAUAACCGAUGACAUCAUCGAAGUCCCCCUCCCAGCUGAGAGCGAAUUGGCACCGGCCUUGAACGACGGGAACGAGACGCUGCCUGCGUUGCCGAACCCGUUCUGCAGGGUCGUCUGUUUGUUCACAAUAUGCGGACGUGUCUCGAAUAUUUUGAAUGGAAGAAGAGGACAUCCGAGAACGUUGGUCGGUGCUUCGUCGUCGGGGGCGGAAGAGUUACAGCAGCUGCAGAACAAUCUAGUUAGUUUCUUGCAGUCGUUACCAGAGCCCCUGAAAUGGUCAGUCGAUAACUUCAAGAGAUACGCGCACCAUAAACACGGGGGCUCCUUCCUUUUCCUCCACCUCUGGGCUCACGGCAUUCUCGCCCUCAUUCACCAUCCAAACCUCGGCCGCAACCUCUCAGGAUACGACACACCGCUCUCGACCGACCUCACCCGGUCCAUUAAACUCUCGCUCGCUUCGUCAAGACAGAUCGCGGACUGCCUCGUGUUUGCGGAUUUGUUCGACCAGCAAAGUUAUGUAGUGACGCCGUUCAUGAACCAGUGUUUAUUUAUUGCCGGAGUCGCGUUUGUGUGGGAGGCGCAAAUGGAGGACGGGUUUUUGGGGAUGGGAAGUGGAGGUGCGGGUGGUGGGAUGGGUCAAGGUGUAAACGGGAGGGGACCGCACGGUGGCUCGAACAUGGGUGACGGAGGGGGAGGAGGUGUAGGGGGAGGAGGGAUGAAGGGCACAGGGUCAGAGAGUGCGGCGUUUUUGAGCGGGCUCGUGCGGCAGAAUUUGUCUGUCAUGUUGAAGGCUAUGAGGAAGAUGCAGGGGUAUUGGGCAGGCAUAAGUUAUAUCAUGAGCGUGUUGGAGCAGCGCGCUUCUGGUCUCGGUUGGAGUAAGAUCGACUUUUCGAUCACGUCCGACAAGGCGAACACGUUUAUCUCGUUACCGGAUGCGGGGCUGUUGAGGAGGAUCGCCGGGAAUGGGAUGUCUGGGAUUAGUCCGAAGCCUAAUACGCCGAAGGCACUCGACCUGGCACAUCUUAUGAACCCGGCGCCACAGUCGACGGAUAUUGCGAAUAACUGGUCCUUCAACACGUUGCUCAACUCGUACCAAAUCGAAGAGGUCUCCGCCUCUGCGGCCGGCUUCGACGUCUCGAGCAUGUUCCCGGAGGGUUGGAGCUGGUAGUGGUGUACCUGUCAAUACAGUCAGUCACCAGACCUCCCUCUCCUGGUCUAUUUUGCUGGGCAAAAAGAAAGCGUGUGGAGUAGGGACUCUAGUCUGGUCAAAAGUUUUUUUUGUGUCUUUGUCUCGAUCCAUCAUCAUCAUCCAUAAUCUCAUCCGUAUCCGUUCUGGCUAAGUAAGUGUUGCAUCCAUCAUGAUCAUCGGACGUCGAGCGUGUUAUGUUGCAUGUAAUACAUACCCCCCGUCUCAGCCAUACAUCCCCUCAUCCAUCCGUCCAUCCAUCCGUCUCAUCUGUAUCGUGUUCUAGUUGUUUUCCGUCGGUCUCUGGUCUCUUGGUCUCUCUAGCUUUUUUCUAAGUCUUGAUUCUUACUUUUUACUUUUAUUUUUAUUGGUACGUACGUAGGUCGAAUUCCAAUUUAGAGUAGCCUGUACAUAGGUGUACGUAUUGUUGUUGUGGGAUGUAGAAAGAAGGGCAGGCAAUUGAAGAAGAAGUUUAA